GAAAAUGUGUUGUGGAGCAGUGCGCAGCUGGCCGCCAUAGAUUUUCCAACUUGUGUAAGUGCCGAAAUUGUUAUGUAAACGUCAGCGUAAGGCUACCCAGAAAUCAAUCAACAUUUAGCCAAAGAAUUCUUCAAAGCUUGGUGGAUCGAGGAAGAACUGAGCUCCAGAAAUGGCACUUUCGUCUAAGCUAUCAGUGCUGUUGCGAGGAAAUUUUGGCCGCUUGCCGAGUCCAUCCACAUGUUGCCUCAGUGUAGCAUCCAGGCAAAACUCCACAGAUGCUCCCAUCAAAAAGUAUGGCCCAUUGAAGGAUCAAGAUCGUAUUUUCACCAAUCUGUAUGGACGCCAUGACUGGAGGUUGAAAGGUGCCUUGGCAAGGGGCGACUGGUACAAGACCAAGGAGAUACUUCUGAAAGGGCACGACUGGAUCCUGAAGGAGAUCCGUGAUUCAGGGCUGAGGGGGCGCGGCGGUGCGGGCUUUCCAACCGGAAUGAAGUGGGGGUUCAUGAACAAACCGUCGGAUGGCAGGCCCAAGUACUUGGUGGUCAAUGCAGAUGAGGGAGAGCCAGGCACGUGCAAAGACAGGGAGAUUAUGAGGCAUGACCCCCACAAGCUGGUGGAGGGGUGCCUGGUAGCUGGCAGGUCCAUGGGAGCCAGGGCAGCAUACAUCUACAUCCGUGGUGAAUUCUACACUGAGGCAUCCAAUAUGCAAAUAGCAAUCAAGGAGGCCUACGAAGCGGGACUUAUAGGCAAGAAUGCCUGUGGGUCAGGCUAUGACUUCGAUGUCUUCAUGCAUCGUGGGGCAGGGGCUUAUAUAUGUGGGGAGGAAACGGCAUUGAUUGAAAGUCUGGAAGGAAAGCAGGGUAAGCCUCGUCUCAAGCCUCCCUUCCCUGCCGACGUGGGUGUCUUCGGCUGCCCAACGACGGUAGCUAAUGUGGAGACGGUGGCUGUAGCCCCGAGCAUCUGUCGCCGGGGUGGCAGCUGGUUCGCCUCUUUUGGCCGGGAGCGCAACUCGGGCACCAAGCUUUUCAACAUCUCAGGCAGCGUGGUCAACCCCUGCACGGUGGAGGAAGAGAUGUCCAUUCCCCUCAGGGAGCUGAUUGAGCGCCACGCCGGGGGCGUGACCGGGGGAUGGGACAAUCUCCUAGGGAUUAUUCCAGGCGGGUCCUCAACACCUGUCAUUCCGAAAAGUGUAUGUGAUGACGUCAUGAUGGAUUUUGACGCCCUCGUGGCGGCUCAGACUGGUCUUGGCACAGCCGCCGUCAUUGUCAUGGACAAGUCAGCCGACAUUGUCAAAUGCAUCGCCAGGCUGAUCACCUUCUACAAGCAUGAAAGCUGUGGACAGUGCACUCCAUGCAGGGAGGGGACAGGUUGGAUGGAAAAGGUCAUGGAUCGAUUCGUUACUGGAAAUGCAAAGCCUGACGAGAUUGAUAUGCUAUAUGAGCUGAGCAAACAGAUUGAAGGACACACCAUCUGUGCGCUAGGGGACGGAGCUGCCUGGCCUGUGCAGGGACUCAUCCGUCAUUUUCGUCCGGAGCUGGAGAGCAGGAUGCAACGCUUCCAUGAGCAGCAGCAGAAACAGAAGGCUGCGGCGUCCUCAUAGCGUCUCAUUUGUCCUUAAAAAUGACCAGGAGUAGCUGGGAAGGAUGAUGGACCGACGUGCAAAAGUAAUUUUCUCAACCUGGCACCUGUGUCAGUUAAGUGCUGAAACUGUGUGGACUGAUUGAUCAGGAAUACCUAGAGUAUCCAGCAUAACUUCAAACACCGUCAAAUUCUGCACUUUGAAGGGUAAUAGUACACACUGCCAUAUUUUGCCUUGGAUUCGGUCAUAAGCAAUCCAUGAAAACAACUGUUGUGACACAUACACCAAGUGGCAUAUGGAUUACCUCGGAUGCAGUGUGUAUUGUAUAUAAAUUAUAAAAUGUUCCUUUUUCCUUGUGUAGGCGACCUCCCCAUGUCAUUUUAGGCGAGCAAACUGCCCAGUCAUUGCAAGGUGACAUUGGAAUGAUUUCAUUUAUUUUUUGUGGAGUACACCAAAACCUUACAUCUGUUUUGACUUCUGGAUAUAAUAUGACCAGAGAUGUAGUUGAGUUUAUCACAAGUUCAAUCACAAGUCUUUUCAUAAAUCCAGUCAUGAGUGACGGGUUGAACGACAGAAAUGCUACGAUCACCGUUCAUGUGAUAGUUUGUGAAUUGACUUGGGAACUGGAUGAUCUGUGAUGCACCCGACUACUGAAAUUAUAGCCCACAUUAUAGACUGGAUGUGUGCAUAGCCCCCUCCCCCAAGACAAAGAUAAGAUUUUGGGCCAUUUCAGGUCGGUGUGCUCCUUUUACUGAGCUGCUCACAUGCUCCACUGUUGCAGAGUAAUGCAGACAGUGGUUGGGAAACCAGCACAAAGACCAGUUGUAUAUAAGUAUUUUGAUGUGAACUAGAUGUGGACGAGUAACAUAAACUUGAGAAACGUAGUUGUAAACUUCAGGUGGAAUUAAAGGGGUGGUUAUUUAUCCAAGUUGAGAUAACUCUAAAAUCUCACAUUUCAGAGAAGCCACAUGCUCUUUCAAAUUGAAGAGCAACACAUGCUUGAUUCUGUAACAAAUGCCGCGUGAUAAAAAUUAAACGUCUGUUGACAGAGUUUUCAAUUGAUUUUUUCUUCUUGUAUUUUUAAAUUUAAUAUUGUUGAACAAUAAAUCCUGAGCAGUCAUUAAUGAAAACAUUAAAAAAGUAGAUGUUUACUCGAAUUGAAAGACAACACAGUAA